AUGACUGCUCCAAUAAGCUUCGCACAUUCUCCGUUCCUGUACCAACACGUUCCAAACUCGCCGUUUCUUCUGCCACGGAGAACACAGGUUACUCAAUCACCUGCGCCAUUUGUUCCCGACAUUGAUACCCUCAGGGAAAACAGAUAUACAGGAGGUGUUUUACUUCAAAAUGGUAAGGAAAAAGACUGCUUUGGACGUACUAUAAAGAAAGUCAACAGAAACGUUUGAUGUAUCAUGUUUAAUAUACGUAUGGUCACUGUCAACAACAACAGGCCUAUUCAGGACUACGUUCACCCGGACGAUUAAACUCAACCUACCUUUGAAAUGACUCCUGGGUUGGUUCAAACCUUUCACAGACAUACGUAUGGUAUGUUGUAAACUACUUUAAUAAUUCAAAAGGCUAAAAAUAAAAAUAAACAUCGCAAGUUAAAUCAUAUGGCUAUAAUUCAUUUAAUUUUUAAAAAAAUCAUUUGUUGACAUGCUGUUUGUUUAUGCAUGCAAUUACAACCUAAUUAUUAACCUGAGAUCAGGCCCAAUUUUAGCGGUUCUCAUACAUUCUCUCUAACGGCUACCGCUAAAAUUGGUUUCGUUUCGCCUUGCCCGCCGGAAUGUUAUCACAAAGCGAAACGAAAAUUUGAGUCUGAUCUCAGGUUACCUAAUUAUAAGCUUUUUCACAUCUCCAAAAGAGGAACCUGUUCUGGAAGUGCAAUUUCCAGUAGCAAGCAGUUAUCAAGGUGAAACUGAGAACACACUGAAUCGCUCUUUUGCUCCUUUGUACCCCUAAUCUCAAGUCUUGUCUUCAUUGCAGGACGAAAUGCGAUGCUACGGUCGCCAUACUUGUUAACUGACCAACAUUUGCACUCGCCUACCCCUGUUGUCCCAUCUAUUUCUGCGCCAUCAACACCCCUGCAUCAACACGGAAUUUCGAGCGUGGACAACGUUUCUUCUGUUCUACAGAAAGGUACGUGAAGGUUUUACAACGGACAUGUUCUUUUCAGCAUUAAAGAAAAAAAUUAUAAGCGAAUUCAGAUUUGGUUUUUGAUCCGUGUUUUCCUUCAUCUCAUUACCAUGUAUAACCAACAUUUGUUCCUUUAAUUCCGUGGUGGUUUACCGACCAAAGUAAAAAGAAAACCAGUGUCAAAAGAAAACUACCCUAAGAGGAUAACACGUAAUGUAAAGCUAACAGCGCAACAUAUUUUUCCCCUUAGAACAAGUUGUGCCGAACUUUUCACCUUUGACGAAAAAGGACGAAGUUGGACCAUCCAAAAGAAAAGAGAGAAGACUGGAUAGCUCACCAAGCCAGGCUAGCACAGUACCAGAAAUAGAAUUGUUUUCAGGAGAUGAAAUAUUUGCAUGA